AUGUUAGGUGGCAUAUUCGCGUGGGUUUCGCUAUUAUUCGAGCCUUCGGCUUUUCAAGUGCCACUCAUUCAACCUCAACCUCGUCUGAAAGCCGAGGACUCCACCCCCCUCAAGCCAAUCUCGACCAGCCUUCCCUGGCAGGACAUUAUCACCGGUGAUUAUGGACAUCCACCGAAGUUGAAAAUCCACGACCGUGAAAGUACCAUCAAAUGGAGUUGGGAACGGAAAGAUGUCACCCAGGACCUUCCGCCUCGUAUUCGUAGCGGCCUGUUCGGCCGCGCGAACGAUGCGACGGAGAUGAAGUGGAUGCGUGAUGGCAAGAGCGUCGCUGCCAUCUACAGCUCCCUCAUUGUCGUUAUCAACCAUACCCCGGACAUCCCAUCCAUCGAUAAGAAAAUCACCUUCGCCGUCAACCGAGACACCGACGUGCUUUGGAAUGCACACACCCUGGAACCCUUGCCCGGCGAUCGCCUCGCUGUCGCUACCACGGGACAGCGACCCUGGGAUGGCAUCCAGGUCUAUAACAUGAGCUCUGCCCUCCCACUCGAGGACGAACCGCCCAUUCUGCAGACGGUGGAGGGUCUCCGCGCCAUUCACGCCAUGAUCUGGGAUGAAGAGGGACAGAUGCUGUGGGCAUGUGGCACCAAUGUCGCUGCGGACGGAUCGGACCCGGAACCUGCCUACGGUGUGAUCCAGGGAUAUCCAUUCGACAACCAAACGGGUCUGCUUCGGGAAGACCCUGCCUUCAAGUUCACUUUCCCCGAGUAUUGGGACAUCGACACCGAAUGGGGCCACGGAUACAGCUGGUGGUCAGGUCCGCAUGACCUUGUUCCCGUGCCGAAUGAGCGCGUGUUCCUUGUCUCCAAUGACAUCGGAGUACAGACCUUUGACAUCGCGACGAUGUCUUUCAGCCUCGGUUUCCAGGAGACCAUUGAUAAAUACAUGCCUGGGUUCGAGUGCACUUCCAAUGAUCGCCACGGGAUCAACCGCCAAGGUGAAUGGGAGGAGCUUCCGUACUCUGAUCUCAAAGGGUUCAGCCUCGCGCCUGACGGAGCUUUCAUAUACACACAAUCACUGUGGAAAUUGUUCCGUGGGAACCAUACCAGUCUCGUGGUUGAUGGAGUGCGUACCCAGCUCAUGGAGGGGAACGAAAUCUACCGGUCGCGAUUCUUCGGCGACAUCGAUGGCUGGCCCAAACCGAAGACAUAA